AAAUACGAUCAAUGCACAAAUGAAAUUUGCUUUCAUAAGCUUCUGAAUUACAAUAAAAAAAUGGUCCACCGCGAUGUGGAUAUGCGUUUACUUAUCGACGAAAAAAUAAAAGGACGUUUAUGCUUCAGGAAACCUACGAUAGCACAAUACAAAAGGACUUCGGUUCCAGCCAGACCAUUCAUAGAGCCACUGACGCAACUGAAAGAAUACCAAGAACACAAUUCAGUAGAAGCUAUCCAUUCGAGAGCAGCUGCAGCAUUGACCAAGCGUGGAUCUAUAACUCCAGAUGAUGAGUGUAAGAAAAAACGUUUGUUAUCUUUCGCAACCACCAAAAUGGAUAUUCCGGAUAGUUAUAUCGGAACAGGAUCUUUUGUAUACAAAGUGCCAGUCAUAGAGGCAUUUACUCGUGGACUGGAACCAGCAAAUAAACAAGAAAAACUGUUGCCCAAUCUGGUGCAACUGACGCAUCCACAUGCGUUAAGGUUUGGAAAGUGUGAAGUUUCGGAAAUGCUUGAUGAAGUCGCUAGCUACGAGGGUGAGACGGACAUACUGAAGAUUAUUCAAGCGUUGCGCGAGAAACCAGCAAUCAAGUUUUUCUAUCUGACUCAUGCUUUACCCAAGAGCUCAACGAAGUAUCACUACUACAACCUAAAAGUGGCCCCUUUCGAUAAGCUGAAUCGGAAUAACUACUACACGCUGAGUCUGCAUGGCUGUACACACGUGGUGACCAACGACGAAACAGAACACAUUUCACUGGAGCGUUUCGAGACUGAAUACAAGACAUUUAUGAACAUAUGUAAGAUCCCAACUUUUGCAAGGUUUCGCCUAUGGAAGGGAUUUACUCGGUGGCGGAAAGUCAUCCGCUACAUGAAGAUGGAUCAGUGUCGGCGGCACCUUCGAGAUAACCUGUAUAUUGCCAAUUCUUCACUGCGCCCAGCGCUGCUCAAUGUGCGUGAAAUGUGUUACCGUAUAAGCGAUAUGGGUCUUUGCAAGUUGGAGAAAGGCAAAACCUACACCCUACUGGAGUUUCUAACAAAUCAGGUCAAUCAACUGAACGAGGUCUGUACCCGAUUGUGUGAGUUCCGAGAAUUAGUCAAGGAGGUUGUGCGCAGUGCCUGUCGUACAGCCCUGUUAGAGGCUGGUUUUAUGCCGGAUGACUAUUUCAUCGAAGCCAACGCAAAUCCUAUGGUAAUGGAGCGUAAUCUGUACGAUAUCGAAGAACUAGUAGAGGGCUGCAAACUCAGUGCCAAAAGGCUCCAACUUGAACCAAUCCCGUAUGAUAUUGAUCAUCCUCUGGUUGGACAAGCCAUGAAAGUGGUAAAUUUGAGUCUCCGUCAAAUCAGGAAUAACCGAGCAAAACUCGAACGGCGCACGGAAAAAAUGAAAACCCAGACACAAACACUGGGAACCAGCUAUCUAUCAAGUGGUUAUGAUGUCGAACUGUUCUCGGAGGCAACCGAUAAAAUGACAUUCACGGAGAUGGCAGCCAAAAGGAAGUAUUGUCAGCGGCUCACUUGCUUCAUAAGGCUAGCGGAUUACCAGAUUGUGAGUACGUUGCACACACUUACCGUGAACUCGGUCUAUACUCUGUUGGACUGUCUAUGUGAUCAUCUGCGACAUACACCGCCGGUUGAAGAGAUUGCCAGCUAUCAGAUCAAGGUUAAUCCGCUGACGGAGGCACCGAAUCUUGCUUCAUCUGUGAAGCGUCCGGACAAUUACAGGGUCAGCGUGGAGGAGGCUGCAGGAAAGCCACAACCGGCGUUUUCGGUGAAUGCAUUGACCGCAGAAUCUGAUGGGACACAAGUUACAAAACCGCUUUUUGUCUUGGAGUUUAUCUUGGAGCACGACAAACUCUACAUGAUUCCCGAUGAGCCGCUGUUCCGCGAUGGGAUUUUGGAAAUAAUUUCUAAAUUCCAGGAACAAGUCUUUGGAAUAAAAAAUCUCGUGCCAGAUCCCUACUUCGACGCUUUUACUCGACCAAUCAUCAACAACAAAUUCGAAGAAAAGACCUGUGGCAGUGGACCACAACUACAGCACAUGUUUGCCGAAGACACCGGACUGAAAACGAUUAUCGAAAAUGUGAAGAUGUCAUUGAGUCGGGCGUUUGAGGCCGUCAGAGCGUACAUGAAUACGUUCAAGGAGAUUCACGACUUUUAUCACGAAAACAAUUUGAUCACGACGGAGGGGAUUCAACAAGCACAAAAGCAGGCGUUCGAUUCGAUGGAGCACAAGGAUCGACUGCAAACAAAUAUGGCCUUUUUCCGAGAUAACCUGUUGAAGCAUCAUCGUGAGGUUUUGAUGACACAGCUUGUUCCAAUGCAACGAUCGAUUGGGAUGUUCUUAAUCGACACUUCUACAAUGCGCUCGCUGCUCUUACCCUCACCAAACCGGUGUCUGGAACUGUUUCACAGACUAUUGCCUGUGGAUGCGCGAGCUGAGGUAGACCGGUUGGUGCAAGAGACACAGGAAGCGGAUUACACGUUAUCUCUCACUCCGAGCACCACCGUCGACUUUGUCAAACAUCUGGAAUUCUUGGUUCACAUGCAGACAAGGAUCGAACCAAUAGAAAAGGAAGCUGACGUGGUGAAAGAGAUAUACGACAUGAUAGAAUCCUUCAGUGUACCAGUCCCACCUGAAGAUUACGCUGUUUAUCAGACUCUUCUCCCCUCAAUCGAACGUGCAAAGAAUUCCAUUGACAGAGCACUGUCCGAGCGUGAUAUAAUCGUGGACAUGUUUUUCGCCUCACUGGACAAAGAUGUGGCCGAAAUGUUGCACGAUAUGAAGGAGGCUAAACAGAAUAUUAACGAACUUGUACAGACCAUAUCUGGAACUUCACUGGAGGACCAAAUCCUCUCAAGAGCCAGUGUCAGAGCGGCAUCCCUCGUGGAAUUUUUGCAAAAAUGGUUCCCGAAUGUGCUCAGAAUGGAACAACCAAGGAUCGAGGAAUUGGAUUUGUUGGUGGCUGAGAUCAAACUGAAGCAACUGUUGUGGAAUUCACUAGAAGACUGGGAUGAAAUCUACGAGCAAUGGCUCACAGCCGACUUCUUGAAACUGGAUACAGACGAGCUGUCGGCCACAAUCCAAAAGUACAUCAAGUCUGUCACAAUGUUGGAAAAAGGUCUGCCACCAAACAAUGUUGUACCGUUGCUGAAAGCAAAGGUGGACGGUAUGAAAUCCAAGCUUCCAUCGAUUAUGGAUAUGCGAAAUCCGACCUUACAACCUCGACACUGGCAAAAACUGGAAGAGCUCAUUGGAUUCCAUCUAGCCGAGAUGGAAACCCCUCUGAGUCUAGGACUUCUGAUCGAACUGGAUGCAUUCAGUCAUGCAGAAGCUAUUCUCGAAGUAUCCAGUCAGGCGAGUUCUGAAGCAAGCCUCGAAAAGUUGCUCAAAUAUCUCGUCUACGGAGAGUUGCGUUCGUUCUUGCAGCGUUGUGUCCGCCAUUUUUGCGUAGCCUACUUCUUCCAUGACGAAUGCAUCCUGCUUACUCUGUUAAUUCAGGUUGAAGACGCCUGGAAGUCUACGGAAUUCACUGUAUUACCUUACAAGGAUAGCAAGGACAUAUUCAUUGUUGGUGGCACGGAUGAGAUUCAACAACUGUUCGAUGAUUCCAUCAUUAACAUUGCAACCAUCGCCUCUUCACGUCAUGUGGGCCCAAUAAAGGGCCGUGUGGAAGAAUGGUCAGCGUUGCUCGACCUGUUUGGAAAAACCCUGUGCUACGCUAUCUUCAUACCGAAGGUUGGUACUGCGAAAGUGGCCAAACAAUUCACGAGGUUUCUUGCCGAUUCUAUUCUUUCACUUGUAGAUGAGCCGGUCUACACAAACGAUAUACUAGCAAUGUUGUCUCCAGAGGGAGAACGUGUGGCGCUGGGCAAAGGUUUGAAGGCUCGCGGAAAUGUGGAAGACUGGCUGGGUAAAGUGGAAGAGGCGAUGUUUGCAAACCUUAAACGCCUUAUGAAAAUUUCCAUCAAUAGUUUCGACAGUUCAGGUCGAGAUGAAUGGCUCAAGUCUCAUGCGAAUCAGAUCAUUCUCACUGUGGAGCAACUGAUGUGGUGUCGCGAUAUUACUCAUAUUCUAGAGGACCCGUUUCCAGAGGACCGUCUGGAGGGGUUGGAAGAGUUUGAGAAGAAGUGUUUCGCGGAUUUGAACCAACUGGCGGGAAUGGUCCGUGGUGAACUGCCCAAAUUGCUCCGAUCUCUACUAUGCGCCCUAAUCACGAUAGACGUACACGCACGUGACAUGGUUACCGAACUGGUGGCUAGCAAAGUGGAUUCCCUGACCAAUUUCGACUGGCAACGUCAGCUACGCUACUACUGGGACCAGGACCAGGAUAUCUGCGUGGUGCGCAUGGCAAGUGCCUGCUACUCUUACGGAUACGAAUAUCUCGGGGCCUCACCGCGGCUGGUUAUUACACCACUGACAGACAGCACAUUUUCGUGCAAACACUCAAAGUACCCUGGUCUAUUUGUCAGGUGUUACCUCUGUCUUAUGGGAGCAUUACAACUGGAUUUGGGGGGAGCGCCUGCAGGUCCUGCCGGGACAGGGAAGACAGAAACGACCAAGGACUUGUCCAAAUCCGUGGCCAAACAAUGUGUGGUUUUCAAUUGUUCGGACGGGCUAGACUACAAAAUGAUGGGCCGCUUCUUCUCUGGUCUCGCUCAGUCCGGUGCGUGGUGUUGUUUUGACGAGUUCAACCGAAUCGAUAUUGAAGUAUUGUCGGUCAUCGCGCAACAGCUGAUCACAAUUCGAAAUGCAAAGGCAUCAAAAGUUUCUCGGUUCAUGUUCGAAGGUCGUGAAAUAAAGCUGGUCCCAACGUGUGCUGCGUUCAUUACAAUGAACCCUGGUUACGCGGGUCGGACAGAACUGCCAGAUAAUUUGAAGUCGCUCUUUCGUCCGAUUUCUAUGAUGGUCCCAGAUUACCGUCUUAUCGCAGAGGUGAUUCUCUAUUCAGAAGGCUUUGAAUCGUCAAAGACACUGGCCCUAAAAAUGACACAAAUGUACAAACUAUGCAGUGAACAGCUUUCCCAACAAGACCAUUACGAUUUUGGCAUGCGCGCGUUGAAGUCCGUAUUAGUCAUGGCUGGUUCGCUUAAACGACAGAAUCCGGACAAACCGGAAGAUGUGGUAUUAAUUCGUGCCCUGAGGGACAGCAAUCUACCGAAAUUUCUGAAACAGGAUUCCGUUCUUUUCACAGCCAUCUUGCAAGAUCUGUUUCCAGGAGUCACUCUUCCGGAACACGACUACGGACGCUUUAUGGCUGAAAUCGAAGCAGUUCUCACAAAGAUGGGUCUACAGGUUGUGCCUGCACAAGUGACCAAAGUAAUUCAGUUCUAUGAAACGCUUCUUGUAAGACAUGGUGUCAUGUUGGUUGGACCAACUGGAGGGGGAAAAACAACAGUUUAUCGCGUCCUAAUCAAGGUUCUGACCAAUCUACACGAGGCUGGACUAUCUUCAGAGGUACCGGAAUACCAGCCAGUGAAGACAUACGUAUUGAAUCCGAAAGCAAUCACAAUGGGUGAACUUUAUGGAGAAGUGAACAAAUUGACUUUGGAAUGGCACGAUGGUCUGUUGGCAUCCGUGGUCCGCAAAACAUGUGCCGAUACCAGUGAAGACCAUCAAUGGGUCAUCUGUGACGGUCCAGUGGAUGCCCUGUGGAUUGAGAACAUGAACACUGUGUUAGACGAUAACAAAAUGUUAUGUCUUGCCAAUUCGGAACGGAUCAAGUUGACCAACUACGUUCACAUGCUAUUCGAAGUACAAGAUUUGGCUGUGGCUUCACCGGCCACGGUUAGCCGAUGCGGUAUGGUGUACGUCGACUCAGAGGAGCUCGGUUGGAUGCCAUACGUUAAGACGUGGCUCACUGGACUCCUGGACAAAUUGACGUCACCGGUUGUGGAUUACCUCAUGAACUUAUUCGUUAAUUAUGUAGACCCCUGUCUGGAGUUUGUCACAACACAGUGCACCGAUGUCAUUCCUCAGGUACCCAUCGCGAGAGUUCAGACAAUGUGCAAACUACUCGAAGUCCUACUCACAAACCCGAACGCGCCUUCGAUGACUCAGGAAAAGCACAAACUGAAUCCGAUUCUUGCCAUGUCGUUUGUGUUCUCAUUGAUCUGGGGUCUGGCUGGUGGAACAAUCGAUGCCAACUGGGAUCAGGUGGAUGCGUUUGUCCGCAAUGUCUUCGAUGACGUUGGUGAUGCCAGGCUACCCCAGCAUGGGGACCUCUGGUCAUGCUACGUGGAUAUGGACACAAGGCGCAUGGAUAGUUGGGAGAAAAUGCUCGUGUCUUUCACCUACAAGAAGGAAAUUCCAUUCUUCGAUAUGAUUGUCCCCACUGUCGACACUGUCCGAUACGGUUACCUGCUUGACAAACUUUUGGAGGUCGAUCAAAGUGUUUUGUUUACUGGAUUAACAGGCGUCGGUAAGUCUGUCGUGGCACGUGGCACACUGAACAACAUUGCAGCCGCGCGCAAUUAUGUCCCGACCUUCCUCAACUUUUCUGCGCAGACCAGCAGCAAUAGGACACAGGAGAUAAUCGAGAGUAAAUUGGAGAAACGCAAGAAGGGCAUUCGUGGAGCACCAAAAGACAAACGAGUGAUUCUGUUUGUCGAUGAUUUGAACAUGCCAAGAUUAGACACUUACGGAAGUCAACCACCAAUAGAACUGUUGCGUCAGCUAAAAGACUUUGGUGGAUUCUACGAUAGGGACAAGCUGGAAUGGAUUACAAUACAGGAUGUGACGUUGUCGGCGGCUUGCGGACCUCCAGGUGGUGGCAGGAAUCCAGUCACACCUAGGCUAAUUAGACAUUUCUCGGUGUUCACAAUUCCUCCACCUUCGGAAGUCAACUUAAAACAGAUAUUCUCAACCAUUCUUAAAGGAUUUCUACGGGAAUUCCCUCAAGGCGUUCGGGGAGCAGUGGACGCUAUCAUAGGUGCUGCGGUUGAAAUCUACGUUCGGAUGGGUAAAGAACUGCUGCCCACUCCAGCCAAAUCACAUUACGUUUUCAACCUCCGGGAUUUGUCAAAGUGUGUGCAAGGUAUCCUACAAGCGGACCCAACUGUUAUUCGCGACAAGAACGCAAUCACACGGUUGUUUCUUCAUGAAUCUCUCAGAGUAUUCCAUGACCGUCUCAUCAGUCAGGAGGACAAAAUUUUCUUCUAUGAAAUGUUGGUCGAGAUGGCUGGAAAAUACUUUGGUGAAGAUAUGGAAGUGGAGAGCUUUUCAAAGACACCAAUACUUUUCGGGGACUUCCUCAAACCCGGCCUGCCCCGAUCUGAACGUUUGUAUGAAGAACUGACAAGCACUGAGAAGGCCCGAACUCUUCUAAAUGAGUAUCUGGACGAAUACAACUUUUCAAUGAGCAAAGAAAUGAAAUUGGUAUUCUUCGUGGAUGCAAUCGAACACGUUUGCCGUAUUGCCAGAAUGAUUCGGCAAGACAGAGGAAAUGCACUGCUCGUCGGGGUUGGCGGGACUGGAAAACAAUCUCUUACCAAACUUGCUGCAUAUAUCAACGACUACCAGUGCUUCCAGAUCGAGCUCACUCGUGGUUACGAUUACCAAGCAUUCCACGAGGAUCUCAAAAAGCUGUAUUUUUGGGCUGGUGUGGAAAACAAACCAACAGUGUUCCUGUUUACAGACACGCAGAUUGUAGUCGAGGAAUUCUUGGAAGAUAUCAACAACAUUCUGAAUUCUGGUGAGGUACCCAAUCUGUUUGAGAACGAAGAGUACGAGCGUCUUAUAAUUGGAUGCCGCCCAGCGGCGAAAGAAGUUGGUAUACCCGAGGGAAAUCGGGAUGCUAUUUUCGAUUUCUGUAUUAAUCGGGUGCGAAAUAAUUUGCACGUAGUGCUUUGUAUGUCACCGGUUGGGUCGAACUUCCGUGUCCGCUGUCGCAUGUUCCCCUCAUUGGUCAACUGUUGCACCAUCGACUGGUUCGUCGAAUGGCCAGAGGAUGCGUUGUACGGCGUGGCUCUGUCCAGCUUCGAACAUGUGGAUCUCGGAUCGCCUGAGGUCAAGGAAUGUGUUGCAAGACUGUCCACGGAAAUUCAUCUCAGCGUUUCGGAGGCGGCCGAUCGUUUCUAUCUUGAGCUGAAGCGACCUUAUUACACCACGCCAACGAGCUACUUGGAGCUGUUGAAUCUCUACUUGUCUAUGUUGGCCACCAAAACAAACGAUGUCCACUUUUUUUCUGUGGUCGAACAACAAUCUACUACGGGGGUCAAUGUUCUGUUCCUUCUGUUCUACCAAAUACUUACUUAUAACUUCCUCUCCCCACUCUUUCACGCCCUCAAAAGAGAGCUAAGUGAGCUGCGCAAUAAAUUCCGAAAUGGUUUGGACAAAAUCCUCGAGACAAACGAACUGGUGGUUAGUAUGGAAGUCGAACUGACUGCGAUGCGACCCACGUUGGAGGUGAAACAACGCGAUACGGAAAAACUGAUGCACAAGUUGGGUGAAGAUCAGGAGCAGGCCGACAUUGUCCGCACUCGGGUUAAAGAAGAUGAGGCGAUAGCUAAACAGAAGGCCCAGGAAACGCAAGCUAUCGCUGACGAUGCUCAGCGUGACCUCGAUGAAGCUGUGCCCGCCUUGGAGGCUGCCAACAAGGCACUUGACUCGUUGGAUAAGAACGACAUAUCUGAGAUAAGAGUGUUCACAAAACCCCCACAAUUGGUUCAAACUGUCAUGGAAGCUGUUUGUCUAAUGCUUGGUCAGAAACCAGACUGGGCAACCGCAAAGUCACUACUUGGUGAUUCCAACUUUUUGCGCCGCCUGGUUGAGUAUCCAAAGGAUGAAAUCUCAGACGCCUUGUUGAAGAAACUGAAGAAAUACAUAGAUAAUCCUGAUUUCGUACCGGAAGUCGUCGAGAAAACCAGCAAAGCCUGCAAGUCCAUGUGUAUGUGGGUUCGGGCGCUUGAUCUCUAUGCACGACUGUUUCGCUUGGUGGAGCCGAAGCGAAAACGGCAAGUUUAUUCAACACCCAUCCUCAUAGCGUAUACUGAGAAGCAAACUACAGGGGUGAUAGCAUGGGGGAGGUAUGGUUUUCGAAGAAAUAACUGGCGACAUGUCGGUGCGCCUUUACGACAGCUAUGCUGUUCCCUAAUUAUUCACUUUCCUUCCUUCCCACCUUCUGAUAGACUGGAGGCAGCGAAUGCAGAACUGGACGUGGUGGUACAAAAACUGCGCCAAAAACAGGCAGAGCUAGCAGCUGUUGAAAGGAAAAUUGCCAUACUGCAAAGCGAAUUCGAUGUUUCCGUGGCGGAGAAGAAGAAGCUGGAACAUCGACUGGCUUUGACCACGGCACGACUCAAACGCGCAGCCAAACUGACCACUGCAUUAGCGGAUGAACAGGACCGCUGGAGUCUGUCGGUCGACCAGUUCCAAGCUCAGAUCGCAAAUAUUGUUGGAGAUGUGUUUGUUGCCGCGGCGUGUGUGGCCUACUACGGUGCAUUUACUGCCGACUAUCGUGAAAAUCUGGUAAAUAAGUGGGUCGCACGUUGCAGGGAGCUUGGUAUCCCGGUUAGUGAAGACCCAAGCCUGUUCAAUGUCCUAGGCAAUGCGUUUGAGUUGCGUCAGUGGAAUACCCAAGGUCUUCCUCGUGAUCAGAUUAGCACAGACAACGCUAUCCUAGUUACCCGGACUCGAAGGUGGCCCCUCAUGAUCGAUCCGCAAGAACAAGCCAAUCGCUGGAUUCGCACAAUGGAAGAAGAGAAUAACCUUCAGGUUAUCAAAUUAACGGACAUGAACUUACUCCGUUCUCUAGAGACCUGUAUCCGUCUCGGAUACCCUAUGUUAAUAGAAGAUGUGGGCGAGACUCUGGAUCCGGCACUCGAACCUGUGCUACUUCGACAAACUUUUGUGAGUAGUGGUCGACUUCUCAUCCGUCUGGGGGAUUCAGAUGUUGACUAUGACAAAAACUUCCAUUUGUAUCUAACUACGAAGAUGGCCAACCCUCACUAUUUACCCGAAGUUUCAAUCAAAGUGACCUUGAUAAAUUUCACAGUGACUCCAGCCGGCUUGGAGGAUCAACUACUGGGAGACGUCACGGGAAUUGAACGUCCGGAACUAGAAGAACAACGUAGUCAACUGAUCGUACGAAUAAAUACAGACAGGAAUCAGCUCAAAGCUACAGAGGAUCGAAUAUUGAAAUUGCUGUUCGAAUCAGAGGGGAACAUUCUGGACAAUGAGGACUUGAUUAACACACUGAAUGAAUCGAAGGUGAAAUCCGGUGAAAUUAACAAGCGUCUCACAGAGGCCACCAGCACGGAGCAGAAAAUCACAAACGCGCGAUCCAAGUACAGCCCGGUGGCUGCGCGAGGUUCAGUCAUGUACUUUGUCAUCACCACAAUGGCUGAAAUUGACUCGAUGUAUCAAUUUUCUCUCAAGUACUUCAAGAAUCUCUUCAUCUCAACAAUCCAGGAUAGCCCUGAGUCCCCUAUUUUGGAAGAGCGAAUCCAAAUCUUGUUGUCAACCACAACGUUGGCUACCUACAACAGCGUUGCACGGAGUCUGUUCGAAAGAGAUAAACUGGUCUUUUCCUUCAUGCUCUGUGCACAAAUAAUGCGACAACAAGGUGGAAUAACAAGUCCGGAGUGGAACUACUUCCUACUGGGUUCAGGCAAUUUGGAGUGGGCAAGACCACCGCAACCUGAGGAGACAAAGGGAUGGCUUUCUGCCCAACAGUGGCGCCGGUUAGUCGAUUUGGCUCACUACUUCCCCGAGCAGUUUUCGUCCCUACCAAAAGAUUUGAUUGACGGAACUAUCAUGCUAGACUUUGAUCCGCCAACUAAAGACAGAAUGGAAAGACGAUCGAGUAUCACCUCAGGAAGAGAAGACAACUAUCUGCUAACCCCUAAUGGCCCAGAGCGUCGAGCGACCAGGUAUAAUUCGGAACUAAGGAGUUUUCAAAAGCUUCUCUUGAUUUCAAACUUUUCAAAAGAAGAGGUUGUACGAGCUGUGACGGAUUUCAUACGUUCCAAUUUGGGACCAGAGUUUAUUGAGGCCCCGGAAUGUUCACUGUCUCUGCUAUUCAAGGAAAUGGAUCGGCAAACACCGCUAGUGUUCAUUCUCUCCCCCGGCUCCGAUCCAAUGGGUCAACUGCAACGAUUCGCCAAAGAGCAUGGGUUCGCUGAUAGGAUACAUUCUGUCUCUUUAGGUCAGGGACAAGGGCCUGCGGCUGAAAAACUGAUGGAACAGGCUGCCCGUAAUGGUGAUUGGGUGUUUCUACAGAAUUGCCACUUGGCAGCUUCUUGGAUGAUUCGUUUAGAGGAGCUGGUCAAGAAGCGCUCAGAUGACCCGAGGCCCACAAAUCGUGAAUUCCGUCUAUUCCUCAGUUCCAUGCCGGCGAAAUCUUUUCCCAUUUCGGUAUUACAGAAUUCAGUCAAGGUGACCAAUGAACCGCCCAAAGGACUGCGCGCUAAUCUCAGUCGGGCGCUGAAUGAACUUACAGCGGAAUCCUUUGAGACACACUGUAGAUUACACGACACAAUCUUGCCCGUAGAAGAUAUGACACAGGAUCACUUGCUUCGAUUAAUGGAGAUGGAAAAAAAUAUCGGUUCAAUGGGGAUUAUGGCAAAAUACGGCUUAUACCGAGAACUGGGGGAGGGGGAACGGGACUUAGCCGAGGCCUGCAUCCCCACGGAGAAGUCAAUCAAUAAGCAUGUGGACAUUGACCUGGUCCAUCAGCCUUUACCAACAAAGGAAUCAGUUCUUGGGGAAACUUGGCGGAAACUAGUCUUUGGAAUAUGUUUCUUCCAUGCAAUUGUUUUGGAACGCAAGAAGUUUGGACCACUGGGUUGGAAUAUUAGCUACGAUUUCAAUGAUUCCGAUCGAGAAUGUGCCUUGUUGAACUUGGACAUGUUUUGCCAGGACAGGGGUGUUCCAUGGGACGCACUGACUUACAUCACAUCCGAGAUAACCUAUGGUGGCCGGGUGACAGACUUCUGGGAUCAGCGGUGUCUUCGGACCAUAUUGGAACGGUUCUUCCAUCCCAAGACUCUGGAGCCCACGUACACCUAUUCUCCGUCAGGGAUCUACUACCCGCCCGAGAGGCAAAAGCUCCAGGAUUACAAGGAUUACGUACUCAAUUUGCCACUCAAUGCAUCACCCGAACUGUUUGGUAUGCACGAGAAUGCCAAUUUGGUGUACCAGAUACAAGAGACAAAUAACCUUAUUGCGACCGUUUUGAACAUUCAACCACGAACUGGUGCUGUUGGUACAGGAAAGACCAACGAUGAGAUUGUGCAUGAUUUGGCAAACACCAUUCUGGAAAGAAUUCCCGAUGGCCUCGACUUGAAGAUAGCCAAACCGGAGUUCUUUUUAACUGACCAGAAAGGCAGGGUUGAUUCGCUUACGACGGUGAUGACACAAGAAGUAGAUCGGUUUAACAAACUGUUGCACAUAGUAAAGGAUUCACUGCGACAACUGCAGAAAGCCAUCAAAGGAUUUGUUGUCAUGUCGGAGGGAUUGGAAGAAGUCUACACAGCCUUCCUACACAACCAGAUUCCGAAAAUGUGGUCAGCGGCUGCAUAUCCCAGUCUCAAACCUCUGUCCUCAUGGGUUACUGAUUUGGCACUUAGGUGUGAUUUCAUCAACUGUUGGAUGUCCAGAGGAAGGCCGCGUUCCUUCUGGAUUUCUGGAUUCUUCUUCCCCCAAGGAUUUCUCACCGGGACUUUGCAGAAUUAUGCCCGAAAGUACGACUAUCCCAUCGAUCACCUAUCAUUUGAUUUUACUGUAUUACCGCAUUACCGUGAUCAAGAGGCAGUUUCCAAAGCCAUGGCAACUCUGGGGUUCAACCAAACAUUGGAGGCGGACUUGGCGUUGAACGAUCCAGAAGACGGUGUACUAAUACACGGUCUUUUUAUGGAUGGUUUUCGAUGGGACGAUGAGAGAAUGGAACUGGCCGACUCGAUCUUGGGGGAGACGCUGGCUCAAAUGCCUGUGUUGCAUAUGAAGCCAGAGAUGGAUCUGAAACCAGAUCCCAAAAAAUACGUAGCACCUCUUUAUAAAACUUCUGCUCGGGCAGGCGUCCUUUCUACGACAGGUAUGUCAACCAAUUUCAUCGUUGACAUUUCGCUGAAAACCUCCUCCUCACCAAAGUACUGGAUCGAACGGGGAGCAGCUCUGAUUUGCGAGCGAGACGUGGAGAACUGAGACAAGUCCACACUUUUCCCACCCUAUUAUCUGAUUUCUUACUCAGAUAUACCCUAUUGGAACGAUUGAUCGGACCUAACCACAGUCCAAAAAAUUAGUUUCAGCCCUCGCUCGAACUACAGAUGACUUGGUGUCAAAUACAUGAAUUGCAAG